AUGUUUUCAACAUCCAUUCUAAACAAGUGAUUGCAUUGUCAAAGAAAAAAUUCUCCAUCAUCACCACAGGAACUACCAAUAUUUCUACCGAAAUCAAUGAUAAAGCCAUAGCUGAUGAAGUGGUUGAAGUUAAAAUUAAUAAAUUAAGCUAA